AUAAUAUAAAGAAUUAUUUAAGAAUGUUUUUGCUAUUUGAUAAAUUAUCUUUCCUUUUAAGGUUUUGGCGAACACUGCAUACGACGCAUCAGCAGACUGGUGGUCAUUCGGUGUUGUCGUUUAUGAAAUGGCCACCGGCAAGCUGCCCUUUUCGCCAGAUGGAACCUCUAAAGAACAACUAGAGACCAUCAUGAACAGGGAGCCAUAUUAUCCUGAGCGGGUUAGGCCAGAAUUGUGCGAUUUUAUAAAACAGCUUUUGAAGAAAAAUGUCAAACAACGCCUUGGAGUGUGUGCCAACGUCCAGGACCACCCUUUUUUAUCUUCGGUUAAUUGGAGGAAUGUUAAAAGACUAAGACUGGAACCCCCUCUAAAACCAAGAAUUAAACCAAUUGAUAGGCUCAGCAACAUCCCCUUCCCAGUAAACAACAUCAGUGGGACUUGCAUGAUCAAGGACAUCACCUACACAGAUCCAACUUGGAAGGACAAAUAA